AUGUCCUCGGCCGUGGGGCCCCGAGGUCCUCGCCCACCCACGGUGCCUCCCCCCAUGCAAGAGCUGCCGGACCUGAGCCACCUGACCGAGGAGGAGAGAAACAUCAUCAUGGCAGUGAUGGACCGGCAGAAGGAAGAGGAGGAAAAAGAAGAAGCCAUGCUUAAGUGUGUUGUCAGGGACAUGGCGAAGCCUGCUGCCUGCAAAACACCAAGAAAUGCUGAAAGCCAGCCCCACCAACCUCCACCGAGCAUUUUCAGAUGUGUCUGUGCUCCCAGAUUUCCAAGCAGAGAAGAGGGAGGCCCAGAGAGAAACUGGAGAUUGCACCAACAGUUUGAAAGCUAUAAAGAACAAGUGAGAAAAAUAGGAGAAGAAGCCAGGCGCUACCAGGGCGAGCACAAGGAUGAUGCGCCCACGUGUGGCAUCUGCCACAAAACCAAGUUCGCGGACGGGUGUGGACACCUGUGCUCUUACUGCCGGACCAAGUUCUGUGCGCGCUGCGGAGGCCGCGUGUCCCUGCGGUCCAACAGCGAGGACAAAGUGGUUAUGUGGGUAUGCAAUUUAUGUCGAAAGCAACAAGAAAUCUUAACCAAAUCUGGUGCGUGGUUCUUUGGAAGCGGCCCUCAGCAUCCAAGUCAGGACGGAACCCUGAGUGACAGGGCCACAGGUGCUGGAUCUGAGGUUCCCAGAGAAAAGAAGGCGCGACUCCAAGAGCGGUCGAGGUCCCAGACCCCCCUGAGCACGGCAGCGGCCUCGUCCCAGGACACUGUGCCCCCCAGUGCACCCCCAGACAGAAGCAAAGGGGCAGAUUCUUCACAGCAAGCGUUGGGGCCCGAACAGAAGCAGGCUUCAUCUAGGUCUAGAAGUGAACCUCCAAGAGAGAGGUAA